UCGUGUAGGUGUUGUCCUUGAGUUCUCGUGCUAGAGACUUGGUUAUUAUUUUGAUAUGUAACUACAGAUAUUGAGGCUGAUAAAUAUUGAUACUUAGCAGCUAUGGAUUUCAAUUUUCUACGAGAUUUAUUCAUUUUAGUUUGUACAAUGGGAUUUUUUAAAUGGAUAAUUGGUUUGAAAUUACUCCUUGACAACUUCUUCAGUAGGAUUUUAUCCGUAUACUGUUUAAGUAUAAAUGGCAAAAAUACAUUAUGUGUUAAACCUUUGAAAAACUGUGUCCCAAAAAGAUGUCUAUCUGGUCGUAAUGAUACCUUGAGAUUAGGACAUCAUUUGCUACGAAUACAAGUUUAUAUAUUCAGUUUAGAUUUAUAUAUAAAUAGGAGACCUUAUUUAUCAUUUCAUGCAAAAAUGCGAUUUGAGUGGGCAAGAUUAGAGUCUUUUUACACUGCACCUAAUACUCUUGGUGUCUCAACGAUUAAGCUUGCGAAUGCAGGUUUUUAUUACACUGGAGUUGGACAUAAUUGUCGAUGCACAUUUUGCGGAUUCAGUUACCAAAAUUGGAAUAAUGGAGACAAUCCUAAGAUGAUACAUAGACGAUUCCAACCUGACUGUCCGUUUUUGGUAUCAACUCUUAUUGCAGUCAAUAUUCCAAUAAGUGAAUUAGAAAGAAGAAGAUCUCCAGUGUUUUCUAUUAGAGAUCAAGUGGAGAGAACACCUGUCACUCACAACGGAUAUGUAUCGUCAUUUCAACCUUCAAGAACAGAAGAUGGACACACUGAAACAGAUAUUGCAAAUUUGUUUCAUAACCUUCUUGAAGUGAUAGAAGGAUUUCAAAACCAAACGCAUGUUACGACUUUGAGUCAACAAAAUUCAAGGGAAAAUCAAGGAAGUAAUAGUGCCGAUAAUCCUUUAAAUAAUCAACCGUCACCCUCAAUUAGCAGUUCAAAUUUGACAGAGUCGACGCUGCAAGAAUUAACAGAAGGACAAGAACCAAUAAUACUAAAUGGUGAAGAACACGAACUAAUAAUACCAAAUGGUGAAGAACACGAACUAAUAAUACCAAAUGGUGAAGAACCAGAACUAAUAAUACCAAAUGGUGAAGAACACGAACUAAUAAUACCAAAUGGUGAAGAACACAAACUAAUGAUACCAAAUGGUGAAGAACAAGAACCAAUAAUACCAAAUGGUGAACAACAAGAACCUACGAUACCAAAUGGCGAAGAACAGGAACCAAGAAUACCAAAUGACGAAGAACAAGAACCUUUAAACAAUCUGAUUCUACAAAAUAAUAGUAAAAACAUCGCAGACAUCAAAUACCCAGAGUAUAUACCUUUUUGGAAAAGAAGAGCUUCUUUCAAGAAUUUGCCUCUAGACCAGACCUUUUUUAGCUUGUCUGAAUUCGCCAAAUCUGGAUUUUAUUAUUCAAAAAUUGAUGACUGUAUGCGGUGUUUUCACUGUGGUAUUGGUUUAAGAGACUGGGAAGCUGAUGACAGUCCAUGGUUUGAGCAUGCUCGUUGGUCAAGAAAAUGUCCAUAUCUACAACAGAAGAAAGGAAAAGGUUUUGUUGAUGCUGUACACCUAGCGAUUACAAAAUUUGAAAGGCAAGAAGAUAAUACAAGUACAGAAACUGUUUCUAAAUCUGAAAGUAGUAAUACUGAUAAUUAUCCUCCAACAACUCAACAAUCAACCUCAAUUAUCAGUCCAACUUUCACAGAGUCACAGCAGCAAGUUUUAGGAGAAGACCAAGAAUCCAGCCUCGGAAAUAAUGAAGUGAGAUUCCAAGACUACAAGCUCUUAGAGACAAGAAGAGCUUCUUUCAAGAAUUGGCCUGCAGACCGACAGUUUCUUUGUCCGAUUGAUUUAGCUGAAUGUGUUUUUUUUUAUACAAAUUUUGGUGACUGUGUUCGGUGUUUUUAUUGUGGUAUUGGUUUACGUAACUGGGAAACUGAUGACAUUUCAUGGAUUGAGCAUGCUCGGUGGUCAGGAAAAUGUCCAUAUCUACUACAGAAGAAAGGAAAAGAUUGUGUUGAUGAUGUACAACUAGCGAUUGCAGUACUUGAAAGACAAGAAGCUAAUAUAAUUACAGAAAUUUCUUCUAACUCUGAAAGUAGUAAUACUGAUAAUUAUCCUCCAACAAGUCAACCUUCAACCUCAAUUAUCAGUCCAACUUUCACAGAGUCACAGCUGCAAGUUUUAGAAGACCAAGAACCCAGCCUCGGAAAUGAUGAAGUGAGAUUCCCAGACUACAAGAAUUUAGAGACAAGGAAAGCGUCUUUCAAGAAUUGGCCUGCAAACCGAACCUUUCUUAGUCCGUUUGAUUUAGCUGAAUGUGGAUUUUUUUAUACACAAAUGGACGACUGUGUUCGGUGUUUUCACUGUGGUAUUGGUUUUAAAGAAUGGGGACCUGCUGACAGUCCAUGGUAUGAGCAUGCCCGUUGUUCGGAAGAAUGUCCAUAUAUACUUCAGAUGAGAGGAAAAGAAUUUGUUGAUCUUGCUCAUGAGAUUGAAGACCUUGAAAGACAAUCAGCUAAUGCAAGAAGAUAAUAUUCUGUUGAAUCUGCUUUAUUUAUUACAGUUAAUAGAUAAUCUUCCAAAUACACAACUUAAUUUAUUUUUUGGAACCACGGGCUUUCAUUAAACACUCAGUUUAUGGUCUUCUUUUUACAUUGGUAUUUAUUAUAUAUAACAUGUUUUAACAUGUAUAUGGUAUGCUCUCAAUCGGCAUUAUCUAAAAGUUUUUGACAGUGAGGUCCAUACUAUGAGCUAAUAAACCGGCUUUACCUCAGUGUAUCAACCACUCCGUUAAACUGAUAUUUGACUAGAUUUCAUUGGUAUUUUGAAUUAUAUACCGCAAUCGACUCAGUGCGAAUGAAUGAACAAUAUAUAAGUAACACAUAGUUGUGAGGGUGAGAAGAUUGUUAUCCCGAGAAAACAUUGUCAACCGAGGCUAACUUGAGCCAAGAUUGACAAUAUAUUUUUUUUUUAAUUAGAGGUAACAAUCUGCUCUAUCACCCUGUCAGUUAUGUGUUAUCUAAUUUAUUAUACUGAACAUUCUGUCAUUUUUAAAUUUUUAAUUGAAAAUAACUAGCUAUGACUUCAUGUACAUAACAACAUUACAGUUAUUAAAAAAACAACACAAGUGAAGCAAGAUGCAUUUAUUUCAUCUUGACAGUCCAUGAAAAAGUUCUUAGGGCGAACGUAGAAAUUGGGCAUUGUCUUUAAAAUUAUAAAUGUAAAUUCAAUUCAUUGUCGUUUAAAUUAUCGUGUUUUGAUUGGUCUGCACGAGGGUGACAUUAGAAAAUAACUCCCUCUGAGCCAUGGCAAAGAGUCAAUUAUCUCCCUUGUAUUAAGCAAUCAAAAUCUGGCUUUUUAAUGUGAUUUAUGAUAAUCAUAUAAAUCAAACUUCACUCUAAAAUACCGGUUUUUGUUUGGUUAAUACGAGGGAGACAUUUUAUUCUAUCACAUGGCUUCGCGGUAGUCUGAGACAUUAAUGGAGUGUCACUCUCUAGUGCAGACCAACCAAAUAUCGAUAAUUUUAAAGACAAUUAAUUGAAUUUACAUCAGUAAGUAUACAUGUACAACAAUGGUCAAGUUCUACGUUCCGUCCUCAUACCUUUUGCAUAGAUUGUCAACAAAAAUAUAACAAAAAAAAACUCCUCUUGUUUCACUUUUGUUACUUAAAGGCUUUUCUUAUGACUGUAACAUAUUUGUGUUCAUGAAGUCAUAGUUUAUAACAUUCAAUUGAAAAAUUAAAAGCCAAUAAUGUCUUUUUCUAUGAUAAAUUAAAUAACACACAUCUGAAAGGAUGAUGCAGCAGAUUUUUACCAUGGCUUCGCCUUGGUUGAUGAUGUUUUCUCAGUUUUACAAUCUGCUCUAUCAACCUCCCAUAUAUGUGUUGUUUCAAAAAUAUAUGAUGAGGACUUUAAAUCAUUGUCAUAAUUGUUAUUAUUACGCGUCCGAUGUACAUUUUUAUUUGAAAAACUAAGAGGGAUAAAUGUAUGAAAGUAGUGUAACCGAAAGUGACAAACUAGGAAAGCCAAAUGCAUAUAAGUUCAAGUAAAUAAUAUGAGUAAUUUUAGUGUUUUUCACUUAUUUUCAUUUUUAGAUUUCUCUCGUAUCUUUUAUGCCAGGGUCGUUCUAAGUAUUUGGAUUUUAGUAUUAUGAAAUUUUAUUUGAAAUUCAUUAUUUUCCACUGAGACAAAAGAUUUAUAUUAUUUUACGUUGAAGUCAACUUUAAAGGGCAUAUAAUGCAUGACAAUGUAACACAAAAACAAGCUAGCUUCCGAAGGUGUGUUCAUGAUUCCUCAUUACAGAAAAAUAAAAGUAUAAUGUAUAUAAUUUAUAUUGGUACGUUCUUGCCGCAUUUAUUUUUUAUUGGUGCUCCAAUUCCUUUAUCAUACGCAUUGGUAACAUUAGUUAUCUUUGUCCAAAAAGGCAUUAGAGUACUUGUUUAUGUCUUAGUGCUCAGCAGGGUAUUAUUUAGAUGAAAGAGAACGUGAAUUGAGAGAGCGCAAGUUAUGUGGUCGAUUAACUAUAUGGAAGAUUGUAGUGUAUUUGUAUUUUUUUUUUUUUAUUUUGCUCCUUUAUGUUGAAUAUCUAUCUAUAAAAAUCAUGAUUUGUUUAUUUAUGAAUUUGGUUAUUUGUUUAUUCAAUUAGUUAUGAAUGAUUGUACUGCUCUAUUCUGGUCACCAUGAUAUGUUUAAUCAAAUAUAUAUUUUAAGCUUGUUAAAUUGUUUGCUGUGUUUUUGUAAUGUUAUAUAAAGUUUCAAUUGA